AUGGCAACAGCUUCCAAAGUUCAACUCUCCCUUGGCGAAUGGCCUGAAUUCUACAUCAACGACAUCAAGCAGGAGUCUGCAACAAAAGCUUCGAACCUGUUGCAAGAAAAUCACGAAAACCAUCACAUCUUCUUUAACCAAAGCGGGUUCCACAACCAUAUUGCUCACCAUUUGCUAACCAUCUACUCACUGGCUGCGACCCCCUCGCAGAUACAGAAGCAUUAUGACGACAAUGCAGGCUACCAGCGGCCGCCUCAGCCUAUUGAGCCUACCGUCAUCAAAGGCAUGGAAGAUCCUUCGCAGUUCAUGAAGUAUUUGGGCAAAGAGCGAUAUUACAAUGACUAUCUUCGCUUCUUCCAAUCCGAGAUGGACAAAAAGGAUUGGCAGCAGGUCUUGAAUGAGUACCUUUUUGCCAAGGACGAGAGAGCAGAUGAUUUCCUUACUCGCCUGUUUGCAGGCUUCCUUCACCCAAUUAUUCAUCUGGGCUUCGGUAUCGAGUUCCACCAGCCUGCCAUUAUUGCAGAAGCCCUCGCUCAAGCUGCCGUACAUGAUUGUUGGAUGAAGCCCUUGUUUUUAGGUGCUGAAAAAGCUGCCCAAAGUCAUUCUGGACCAUCCAAGAGCGUCGUUGAAUUGCUGGAUCAGACACAUGCCGAGAAGCGACUAGCCAAAGCUGCCGACGUGGAUGGCAACCGCAUCCGCGAUGGCAUACUGAAGACCGAGGCACAGACAAUCGUCGAUAUCGUUGCUCAAUACCACAUCAGCAGUCCUGAGGAGCUUGAGGAGCGCACUGCAGAAAUGACAAACGCAGCCGCCUACUUUAGCGGUGCCGCGCAACGUCGCGACAAAGCAGUCAAGUUCGACUUCUUUUAUAUGCACUGCAUCAACUGUUCCAUCUUCUUCUCUGCUUUCCUCAAGCAAGAUUGGCUAAGUGACGCCAACAAAGUCCGCUUGUUGGAGUGGAAGGUUCGCAACGACAUUGCUUUGUACGCAUCGCGAGGCUGUCCAGACCUUCUUCUUGACGAAAUCGCAAACUACAAGCCAAACAAACCGACAUCCACAGCCAGCGACCCUUGGCACGAGAUCAUCGAGCGUGUCAAGAACUUCGAAGACGAUGGGCAUGGCUCGAAACUGGUCAGAGCGUUAGCUCAUGGACAGCAAAUCUGCAGACCGUAUGAGAACAAGGAGAACUUCAGAAUCAAGGGAGAUAUGUGGCUGCAGCUUGGACAUAUGGCGAUAGACUCUGUCGAAGGUUCUGAGCCUACCUGGGUACGUUCAGCUGGCUUUGACAGUGCAUGGCAAAAGGUUCCAGACAGAUCUCGUGCACAGCUUUGA